CACACCACAUUCAACUGUCAAUAAACGUGAAAUCUGUCUGUGGACAUCAGCAAUAAAAAAAUCAUUAAAAAAAUUUCGAGAUUCGGGAAUUAAAGUUCUAGAUGAUAACCGUAGUGUCCUAAUAUUAUAGCAUAAAAUGUCACAUAUUCGAAAUAUGUUCUUGUACAAAAAUAAACUGUUGUCGGGUGUGCAAUUGAAACGAUUAUCCGAACACAAAUAUGCUUGUACGAAUAUCAGCAUUCUUGAUCCAAUUUUGCAGCCUUGGUGGUGUUUUUUGGUAUCGAAAAUGCCCCUCUGGCUGGCACCGAAUCUUCUGACAAUUCUUGGAUUAUUCGUCAACGUAUUAACUACGCUAAUACUCGUUUUUUAUAGUCCAAAUGCUCGAGAAGAACCGCCACGGUGGGCCAGUGCACUAUGUGCGCUGGGUUUAUUUAUUUAUCAAAGUUUAGAUGCCAUCGAUGGCAAGCAAGCGAGACGAACGAAUUCGUCUAGUCCGUUGGGCGAACUGUUCGACCAUGGAUGCGAUUCGAUUUCAACGGUUUUCGUAGCACUAUCAGCUUGCAUAUCGGUGCGAUUAGGAUUUUAUCCGAAAUGGAUGUUUUUCCAGUGUUUCUGUGCGAUGACGCUGUUCUACUGUGCGCAUUGGCAAACAUAUGUGUCGGGGACGUUGCGUUUCGGCAAAGUGGAUGUGACAGAGGCUCAAUGUACGAUAAUGGCAAUUCACAUGAUAUCGGCAAUAUUCGGACCGAAUAUUUGGAUGGCUAAGGUGUUCGGUAAUUUCGAAUUUUGGAAUUCAAUGACAAUAAUGACGGUAGUGUGUGGCGUCUGGGCGCUAUCAGUCACACUCAGAGUAAUACAUGCCGGCGGAGUGGGCAAAAAUGGUUCAACGGUUGCAUUACCACUACUUGGAACUUGGACUCUCGUUCCCUGUGCGAUAUUUUUUAUUGGAUACAUGCACUGUUUCAUUGCAUUUAUCCAAAUAUUUGUUGACGGGGGUUGCGGAAAGAAUGGGUCAACUGUUGCGGGAACGAGCGUCAUAUCACCGAUAUUGCCGUUCUUGGCCGUUGUGUUGCCAGCAUUCAUUAUUUCGGAGAAAUCAGUUGAUGGCAUCUUCGAGAAUUACACAUCGUUGUACAUCCUGGCAUUCGGGAUGGUUGCUGCCAAAGUAACAAAUAAGCUUGUGAUUGCCCAUAUGACAAAAAGUGAAAUGGGAUAUUUGGACGCGGGAUUGAUGGGUCCAUUGCUACUAUUUUUAAAUCAAUAUUUUAACUGUUUUUUGCCGGAGUAUUGCGUUCUGUGGAUCGCGAUGAUCUGGUGCACAUUGGACUUAAUGAGAUAUUGCUCGCAGGUCUGCUUGGAGAUAUGCGAUCAUCUGAAUAUCGAACUGUUUCGGAUACCGUAUCCGCCUCGAUUGCCAACGAACCCAGCCGCAACACUGUUGAAGCAGGGAACCAGUGCGCAAUUAGCACCUAGUAAUAGUACGAGUGAUCGAAAUGGGUUGAGUGCGCCGACAGCGAAACGACAGACACGCUCAUCGAAGCGACAUUAGGCAAGACGACGACCGAAUAAUGCGUCACCAUCGCCACCCCCCACCAAUAUCACCCGCAGUAUUUAAGUAAAAAAAAUUGAGGUAUAAGAUGUAUGAGAGGACGCAUCAAUGCAGUGUCUUCUUUUGUUGGAUGUAAAUUUGUACGACGAUUUCUCGAUUAAGUUUUUUUUUUUGGCCGACGAGUGUGUUGGACAAAAAUUUUGAGAAACAAAUAUAAAAAAAUUUAAAAAAAAGAAACAUGAAAAGACACCGAAUGAUUUAGCAAUCGUAAAUAAAUGUUUAUGUAAAAAAAAUGAAGGAAAAGAAAUUAAGUUUUAAGUGAAACUGGGACAGUAUCGAUGAAGGAUGUGUUCACUUUUUGGUUACAAUAAAAAUGCAGUUUUGAAUAUGAAAAUAUG